UCAGCUUGCACUGGCUUCCACCGGAUCUGUGCUGUGUGGUUGUCUCUACCAAGUUUCUAGCAGCCGAGCUCGCCGGCCACGCUUUGGAGGAGCAAUGUCACAUCAGCAAUACGGCAAGGCGUCCUACUGGGACGACCGGUACACCAAGGACCCGGAGAUCUUCGACUGGUACCAGCGCUACUCCGGGCUGAAGGAUUGGAUAUCGCAGUACGUUCGUAAGGAUGACAACAUUCUCAUGGUGGGCUGCGGCAACUCUCGGCUGAGCGAAGAUAUGUUCGACGACGGCUUCACGACACUCACAAAUAUCGACGUCUCGAGGGUGGUAGUCGAGCAGAUGAUCGCUCGAUACAGGGACAAACCAGCUCUCAUGUGGUCGAUGAUGAACGUGUGCGCCCUGGACUACCCGGACGAAUCUUUCAACGCCGUGAUCGACAAAGGCACCCUAGACUCGGUGCUGUGCGGAGAGGGCUCCACCGCGAACGUCGCCAAGAUGUGCAUGGAGAUCUCGCGAGUGCUCAAGCCCAACGGCGUCUACUUCAUCUGCUCCUACGGCGUGCCGGACAACCGCCUUCAGUACUUGGAAAAUGACGACUACAGCUGGACCGUCACGGUGCACACCAUCCCCAAGCCCACCAUUUCCGCCGCGGCUGUGCCCGACACACGGGAUGCAGAGAGCGUCCACUACCUCUACGUGUGCAAGAAGGGCGGUACCGCGGAGGAGGGCGCAUGACCCCCGCAAAUUGAUGACCGGCCCCAGUAUGGCCCGU